AUUUAUCAUCUAUAUUGAGAAACGGAUAAUGAAAACAUUUAUCUUAUUAGGAUUGCUAUCAUUCACAUUUGCUGUGAGUAUUACUAAUUAAGGCACUUUAACCAAUCCAACAUCAAGAGUAGAAAGAAUAGUCACUAAAUUUAUGUAAUUAAGUGAAAUGAGUACUCAAUUUAACUUUAACAAACUUUUUGAUGCUAUUGACUAAUUAAGUGCACAAUUAAAAGUAACAUACAUUACUUAACAUUAAAGCAAUCAGAAGUAGACGAGAAUAAUCUAUUUGAUGCUGACUUUGCUUAAUAUGUUGAAGAUUAGGCUUUUUAUACAGAUCUAGUCACUUUCUAUACUGCUGAAGUUGCUUAACAUACUGAAGAUUUAAGAUCUUUAAAUAAUCAUCUUGAAUCAUACUAAUAAUAAUUAGCAUAAAGAUAAGAGGAAUUAGAUAGAACUUAAAAAUAAAAAACUUAAUUAGAAGAAACUAUUAGAUAAAAUGAAAUCACAUAUAACAAAUAAAUUACUGAUUUCAAUACAGCUAUUGAUGUCUUAGAUUAAGCUAUUUAAUUACUCUCUGGCCUAAGAAGUAAUAUUCCAUUAAAUUAUUAUUACUAGAUCCUGUCUUAAUUUAAACUGAAUCAGAUUAAUUGAAAACCUUAGCAAAUAAAUUAAGUGCCAUCAAUCUUAAAAAUCAUAGAGUUUUAUACUAACCUAUUAUUGAUAUCUUUAUGUAAAUUGCAUAAAAUAAGUACUCAUAUUCAAUCAAGUUAGUUUGGCUAAUCAAGAUCUCCUUAAAAAAGUACUUAAUAUGUUGAAUGGUCUCAGAAACUCUUUAGAUGGAGGUAGAAAUGCAUUAACAAGCAAUUAUAAUAGUGAAAGAGCUUCCAAUUUAGAAUUAUUAGAAUCAUAUAAUAAAAAAAUUGAUGCUCUUGUUAAUGAAGUUAUUCCAAUGUUACAAGAUUUAAUUGCUAAUACUAUUGGUAACUAAUAUUUAUUAAUCAAUCUAGAACAAAUCAAAGUUAAGACUGAAUUGUUGAAUAACGCUUAAGCUAAUCUUGAUGAAGCCAAAGAAACUUUGUAAUUCAUUGAAGAUAGAUGGGUUAAAAGAAAGGCUUAACAUGCAGCAUUGUUAGCUGAAUAUGAGAAAGAAUAAGCCCUUAUAGCUUAGACUAUAACUGUUUUGUAAAGAGGCGGUGUAAGAAGAUAAUGAUUUAAAUUUUAUUUUA